GUCCCCGCUUCUUCAGCCUCCUGGCUUCACCCCCCAUUCCCCUCCCGUCCCUCUCCAAGCCCGAGUCGUAGCCCAGCUGCUCCCCUCCAUGUCCGGUUCUCGGUUCUUGCUUGAACAACUGCCGACUCUGCCGCCGAUCGACCCAGACAACCCAAUCUCCCGGAUCCAACUGCUUGCUGCUCCACAUUGCCAGCUACCUCUACCUACCACUACAUUCAAACAAGUCUCCAACUGCCACUGCCACUAAGACCCCAUCUGACUGUGCAGCCAUCUGAGUGGUCGUAUUGGAUAUACACAUCCAGUCUCCGCCCCCAGCCCAUGUAUCUUAUCACAACUUGCUCGCAGAUUAGAUGCCAUCUUCAGCAAUCUCCCCCAAGCCCCUGUCUACUUUUGGUUGUGAGAACUGUCGCAAGCAGCACCUGAAAUGCGACCGAGUAACGCCCACAUGCGGUAGAUGUCAGAACACAGGCCGUCAGUGCCGCCGGAGUGGUCUCAGGAUUCGACAGUCUCCUCAAUACACCAAAUUCAGCAAGACACAAAAGUGGGUCAGGAUCGAGAGAAGGCUGGAAUUCGUGGAUGAGACCCGGAAGGUUAUCUAUGAGGCUGCUACUUUGGAUAGUGGCCUGGAUGAGGUAGAUCCCGACAUAGAGUCACCCGUCCUGUCCGAUCAGUCGCUUCUGCAAGGGUUCAGUCAAUCUUCCAUCUCAGAGACCCCAAAUGGCCAGGAGAACCCACGGCGAUUUCCUUCACGGCAGCAGACCUUGCCCGAAUCCCCCCGUCUUUCAGAGACAGCAUCGGAGGCUCUAUCCCCUCACGGAUCGGUUCAGCUGGCUGAAACCGUCUCCUCUUCAGAAGGACAUGCACGUGAAUGCUCUCCCACCGACCGCUUCAUCGCGCGGGCUGGGACCUAUCACCAGCUUUACUACUCCAAAAAUUCAGCAUUUCCAAUCGAAGACCCGGUGGAAGCAGAGCUGUAUCGGCAUUAUGUGCAGAGUCUGGCACCAUGGCUCGACCUUUGUGACCCACUGAGGUCAUUCGAGACCAUAGUUCCCCAAAACGCAGCAAACUUUCCGCUUCUUCUCAAGGCUAUCUACUCAUUCUCAGCCCGGCACAAGACCCUGACAGGUUACUUUGAUUCGGUCCGGUGCAGCGAGUACUACGACGAAUGCCUAACAGAGCUCAGGGAUGUUCUUGCUGCAUAUGAUGAAUCUGGAGCAGACGAAAAUUUGUUUGCUGCUACGAUUAUCCUGCGGGUCCUUGAAGAAAUUGAUGUUGUGGACAAUGGGACAGAUCAAGAAGCCAAUCUCCUAGGAAUACAUGCGUUUGUAUCAACCGGAUCAUUCUUUGAAAAUCCCAGUCCCCUUAGUAUCGCGUCAUUCUGGGUUGGCCUCCGCCAGGGAAUCUACAAAGCAGUCAUCAACAAACGACCUGUCGGGCUGAGCGUAGACCAUAUUCUAGUCGAACAGUCGCUCGCUCGAACGGAUUGCCACAGCGUUGCGAACAAUGCGGUGGUCCAUUGCACUCGCGUCCUUAACUUUUGUUUCGACAAGGGUGGAGUGUGUAACUUGGAGGAAUGGAAUAAGUUAUGGAAAUCGAAUGAAGACUGGGAGAAUGAGCACGCUUCCUUCCAUACACCCAUAUUCAAGGCACCCGAUGAUGUUCCCUUCCCACAGAUAUGGUAUCAUCAGAGUUGCCAAGUGAUCGGGGUACAGCAUCAUCUCUUAGCCAAGUCGUACUUGAUCCGAUUCAGGCACAAGUUCUCAGCGACUGGUACACGUCACCAGUCUACUCUAGCCAAAAGAAGAGCUGAGGCCGACAUACAAAGAAUCGUUCGGAUGCUCUGUGGCAUUGGUUUAGGAAAUCAAUGGACUCCUCCGGGCAUGUUCACAGCCUGCAUGGCCAUCUCCGCUUGUGAGUUUUUGCAGGUUGUCGUCUGCCGUAUGCUCAAGUCUGACCCAUCAUCCUACAGUCGGCGCUAGUUUCACCCAGCGGAAGGACCAGGAGGCAAUGAUCGACAUACUCCGAAAGACAGAAAAGGAUCAUGCUCGUCCCACCAAGUCGGUGCAAGAAGACAUGAUGAAGGCUUGGGGCUGGUCUGCUUCCACGUGGACUCCGACGCAGGUGCCCCCAUGGCCGGAUACGACGCAGUAUGCGACGAACUUGAACAUGAACGACAGCAUGGGUUAUCAACAGGCUUAAGAGACCUGCGUGUCGUUGUGCUCAAACACAAGACCGUUGGAAAAGAAAACACGGGAUGGAUCUUGAGCGGCUGAAUAGGGCUGAUAUAUCAGCCCACGUGCUUGCUCAGAUUGCGACCAGUCGAAUGUACAAGCACGUUAUGCUUCGAUCUACAAAUACAUAUGACGACAUCCACCACCGCGAGGAUCAGACGAUGAACCAGAUGAACCACAAGCACGGGCAUGGGUCAGGGUCAGGGUCUAAGGGCAGGGUUAAAGUCAGGGUCAGCAAGGUAUAGCCCAGCAGACAUGGCAGGCAAUCUUGGUCGAGUUCGAACCGCGAAGUAUUCAGCUAGGCGUCUGUGCGCCAAAAGAAAGAACAUUGCCUUUUUCCUACAAUGAGGACAAAUGCCACAUCAACGUACUCGUCGAUGAAUCGGUCAAUGUCGCAUGUCAGCCAUGUUCUGCCACUGUUGCACAAUCGCAUCAAAAUGCAAGGUCAGCAGCGGUUCGUGAAAAGGCUUCUGUGCGACAACGCCCAGUUAAUGUUCACGAUCCACCCUAAACCCCCAGCCCCUCUAUCGAUCGUGAAAGAAGCCAAGAAGGGUCAGGGUUGGUAGGAUGGUUUCCCAAUUGCAAGCAGAUUUGCCAGGCCUGAAAGUCCAGCCAGGGUUAUCAUGCGAGAUCGGGGUUCAUGUGUGCCCUUGUUUGUGAUCUACCAGGACACGCAGGGACAGACGGACAGGCUGCCGACGGAACGGGAGCAAGGGGCAAGCCACAGGGCCAGGUGUUGGUGAUAGGUGUCUGCGAGAGAAGUGCAGUGCAGUGCAGGCCUUGCGAGUCACAAGGGCUUGCAAGCACUCCCGUUCUUGACAUGCUGCUCAAGUUUCACGACAAUGACUCGGUAGUAACCACUUCCGCUUGUUUGUACGCUCUCUUGUCCUGUAUCCUGAUCUUGUCUCAGUUCAACUAGGUCGGUAAGGGGGAAGGAAGCCCUGUCCUCAGGUUCUGCUUUGUCAAAGCUGAUAUGACUUGGUCGCACACUGUCCAUGGCACCCGCGAACUGGUCAUUGUCGAUUCCGAGUCAUCUUCAGAUUGGGAAGAUCCAGCAUGAGAAGAAUGCAGAUAGCCAUAGAGCUGACAAACCAGUGCGGUAUUGUGCGCUUGUCCUCGGGCAGCCAGCCUUGAUACCGGAAGUUGCUUCCCUCCCGUUACAACCGUUGUGUGUAACACACGAAGGAGUCCAGAUGAUGGUAUGUAAGCCCCAUGGUUCUGGUGUGGUACCUUUCUCGAUAUAACGGGGUGGCACGACACUUGCGAAGUGAACGUCCUACUACACCAGACCCGACCCGGCCCGACAAUAUUCGGGCGCGCUGGCAGGCGGGAUGCAGUAUCUGUGCAAGAAAGCUCUGCUUCCUGCUUAACGGGUAGGACGCACACUACCCUAAGCAGCACUGCACAUCAAGGAUGCCGGUAUGCAGGGAGCAAGCCUCAUCUGCCUGUAUCCCUACCCAAAUUGCCCUUGCUGCCCUUGUUGCUUUUGUCUGGUGGCUGCGAAUCGAUGCAUGUAAAUCGAUGUGAUGCAGACGGGACGGGAACGACAAAGUUCGAUGCCCAUCUCUCGUCGUGCGAAAACCCAAAAAGAACAAGCCAACAGGAUGACAAAUGAUGGAACUUUCCAAAGGCUUUCCGAUUGCGCUGGCGGUGAUGCUGUCGGAAGAAUUGCGCUUGCUUGCAUUGUUUGCGAUACUUUGGUAAC